UUUCUUUGCAAGUAAAAGCACUUCGUCGCAGAGUCUCUUGUCGUCGAUCUCGCUCUCUCUUCUCCGUUGUCUCUCAAUCUCUUCUCAAAUUCGAACGCUUGAUUUGGUUUCUAGGGUUUCGUUCAUCGAUUGUUUCGAACGAGAAGGAGCAAUGAAGAUCACUGUGAUGACCUCUGACGAGCAAUUUAUCACAUUAGACGUCGAUCCUGAUGAAUCCGUGGAGAACGUGAAAGCGCUUCUUGAAGUCGAGACGACUGUUUCGCUGCAUCAGCAGAAGCUGCACUUCAAUGGGAAGGAGCUCAACAAUUCUGAUCGAUUGAGUGGGGUUGGUGUGAAGGAUGGAGAUAUGAUGAUGAUGAUGCUUUCUGUCGCCUCGAGGGCGAACAACGAUAGUCUAAGAUUGAAUCCUGAUGGUUCAGCUGUAAAUCCUAGUGCUUUCCAGCAGCACAUUCGUAAUGAUCCACAGUCAAUGGCUCGAUUGGUUCAGGCUGAUCCACCAAUGUCACAAGCAAUACUUGGAGAUGACCUUGAUAAACUGCAGAACCUGCUGCGUGAACGUCAUCAACAGAGAUUGGAGUAUCAACGUAAACAAGAAGAGGAGCUUGCUUUGAUGUCUGCAGAUCCUUUUGAUGUUGAAGCACAGAAAAAAAUUGAAGCUGCCAUUCGGCAGAAAGGGAUUGAUGAAAAUUGGGAAGCUGCACUGGAGUAUAAUCCUGAAGCAUUUGCACGAGUGGUAAUGUUGUAUGUGGAUAUGGAAGUCAACGGAAUACCUCUGAAGGCGUUUGUUGACAGUGGAGCACAAUCUACAAUAAUAUCAAAAAACUGUGCUGAACGCUGUGGCUUGUUGAGGCUACUAGAUCAAAGAUACAAGGGAGUUGCAGUCGGAGUUGGCCAGUCAGAGAUACUGGGUAGGAUACAUGUUGCCCCAAUCAAGAUUGGCCAUCUAUUUUACCACUGCUCCUUCACUGUUUUGGAUGCUCAAAAUAUGGAGUUUCUGUUUGGACUGGAUAUGCUUCGGAAGCAUCAGUGUAUUAUUGAUUUGAAGGAGAAUGUUUUAAGAGUGGGUGGUGGAGAGGUUUCAGUGCCAUUUUUGCAAGAGAAGGAUAUCCCUUCACAGAUUCAUCUUGAAGAGAACGUCAAGCAACAUGCACUUGGCCAAGGACCGCCUGCUGAAUCAUCAAGAGCUCAAUCCAAGAAUGCUGGUUCUGCUUCAAGAUCUCAAAAUUCUGGUAAUCCACAAAGAGAUCAGUCGCAGGGACCAGAUUUUGAAGCGAAGGUUAUGAAGCUUGUAGAGCUUGGAUUUGACCGGAAUGCUGUCAUACAAGCCCUAAAACUUUUCAAUGGCAAUGAAGAGCAAGCAGCUGGAUUUCUCUUUGGGGGUUAAUUUAUGCAUCCCUCAUGAAUCAUGACUAUUUAUCAAUCCACAAUUUACUUCAUUUCUAGUUCUUAAUUAAACCCUAAACGAUGCUUAGGGAGCUUGUAUAAUACUUGAUCAAUUUGAUUGUACUUAAACUUAAUUAUGUCAUUAUUUCA